GUAUCCUUCCAGAGCUGCCUGCACACGCACACAAUGCAGUGGGAGCCAUACUACACGCCCGAGCAGUGCUUGAAGCGCAUUGAGGAAUGGCGCGGUCAGCUGCAAAUGGAGAAGAGGAGUAUAGUGCAGCGCCUGGUGCUCCUUGACUGUAUAGUCCAUUACAUGCAGGGAACCGACAAGCCGCCUACCCACCCCGAGGACCCCUUGAAGCCACCGCCUGGGCGCACUGCAGCUAGCAGUGGUGCCUCUGGUGCCUUCGGACCCGGACCCUCCCAUGCACCGGUAACCAGAGCCUCUGCGUCCACCGUGCGUGUUCCGCGCGUCGCCCUGCUGCGUGCAGCGGGAGGUGCCGGCGGCGCUGUGCGCGGCGCCAGUGCCGCUGCUUCUCCUGGUCGCGGAGCUGGUGCCCCACCGCCGCGUCGCACCACCGGGACCAGUGGACGCAGGCGCGACCAGUCAUGAUACACCGAAAAUAGCAGUGAACAUGUAAUUAAUUUCCUUUCACCACCUGCACCCACGUGCAGAAGGGCGAGCUCUCCGUGCGAGCGCAGAUCUCCAUUCGCUCUGAUUACCUGUUCAGCUUACCACUUCAGCUUACCUCAUUAAGGCCUUGCGAAUGUGUUGGCUACCGGGUCGGGUUUUCUCUCUCACACACUGACCUCGCUUGCAUCCAAACCAGGCUGUCGAGAAUAAACGCUUUGAAAGUGGAUGA